AUUCCCGAAUAUCCGCGCAAGAUUGUUAAUCCCCGCGAAAUUGAUUUUUUCCUCUAAUUUAUUGCAUUCUUCGUCAUCCAACAGCGUUUAAAACUAAACAUGGAUUUUUUAUUUCAAUUUCUGUAAUAAUUGAUUUUUAAACUAGUUCGGAAUCAUGGUCCAUAGAAAUUUGUUAAAGUUUUAAAUAGCUUAGUAGAAGCAACGGGUAUCUUAUUCACUAAUCUUUAGACAACGAUUUACGACUUACAUACGUAGAACAGUAGGUAGAAGCAAGCUAAAGUUCUUAUUAUGGACCGUUCAAACUCAAACUCCAGCAGCGAUGAACAGGCUGCUGAAAAAAAGAUGAAGGUGGACUUGGAAGACGUGGAUACUGAAAUGACUCCAGUGGAUUGUCCAGAUAUUGUUCAACCUUCGCCACCAGAAACUACAGUAGCCACCUCAGAUAGUUCAAAUGGUGCUGGAAACAACCAUGGUCAAGAGGACAAGAUAUUAUCGUCGGCAGAGACGAAAACUCAAUGUGUUGCAUCUACAACAACGACAGAAGACGACGCUGCAGUGGUAUCAUCAGAUUUGGGAAAAUCAGAAGUUGUUGACUCUACAACGACUGAAGAAGAGGCCGUUUUGUCCGAGGAAGAUGUUAGCGAAUUGGUCGAACUGAAAGUAGUAUUUAACAAACAACAGUUAAAAAUUAAAAUGUCGCUCAAGAAGACAGUUGGUGACUUAAAGCGUUUAAUCGAAAAAGAGACCAAAGUUGCUCCCGAGCUACAAAAAGUAGUUUUGAAGGGAAUCCCUAAAGACGAUGUCAGGUUGGAGACGUUGGGUGUUACCAGACUGACGAAAAUUAUGGUCAUUGGAACCACGUUGAGUGAUGUCAUGGCCAUUAGUACGAAACCUACAGAUCAAGACGCACAUGCAGCUGAGGAUGUCAGUACAGGAAAGGAUGCUGCCAACUGGUGCAGCUUAACGCAACACAAAAAAGUUAUUGAUAAGGGCGUCCCUCUGGACGCCAUGCCGGGCAUACUCAAUGAGGCUGAACCACUACCUGAAAUCCCUUUGUUUGGAAUGCUCAAUUCGAAAGGUGGUAAAGUUCGAUUAACAUUUAAGCUGGAGUUGGAUGAGCUGUGGAUCGGGACGAAGGAACGAACGGAGAAAGUCCCGAUGGGGUCAAUAAGGAAUGUCGAAUCCCAAACGAUUCCUGGCUAUGAGCAUUAUCAUAUUGUCGCUAUUCAAUUAGGACCUACUGUCGCUUCUCGUUAUUUCGUGUACUGGGUUCCCGCACAGUACAUCCAAGCCAUCAAAGAUGCUCUCGAAAACUAAAAAGUCAACCCCACGGACUACUUUAUAAUUAUUAUAAUGACGCAUUUACACAGAUCGGUUUCUUCGUAAUGAAAUUUUGAAUACAGUUUUGCACAAUUGAAUGAAGUCGAGCAUGGGGAAAUAAUAAAUCUAGUUGCGCAACGUG